AUGUCAUUUUCAAGAGAUCAAGGGUUACGUGAAGUACAAGAGUACUUGAGUAAAGAAACAGACAAGGAACAUUACGAUCCUUAUCAGGAUCAAGAUGAAAGACGUCGUAUAAGAAAAGCAUACAGAGAAUUGACAGAAAAGACGCUAGAAAUGAGAAGAGAACUUACAGCAUCCUCUACAAAGGAUUUGAUGUACAACAUUAUAGACAAGACUAACGCCUUGUAUCAGUCAGUCAAAAACCCACAAGAAGCAGUACUAGAUGCCAGAUUAUUAGCUAUUCAAGCUGACAUGAACACGCAAAAGGCGAGAAAUCUAAAGAUUGGCUCAGAUACACUUGUAGACAUUGAUGGAUUUGUAUCCAAAGUCAUUGCGUUCUCCAGGAACGGCGUCAAUCAUAUGGAAGAAAAAAACCUUGACUGGGAACAUAUAGGAAAAAGAGCCAUGAGUUAUUGUAAAAGAGCAGCUACUAUGGAUUUCAUGUUGGGUCCACUCGCAGUCGAACAAAAGCAAAUAAAAAAGACAAAGCAAACUCGUAUCACCAAGAACAAAGAAGAUUUAGUUGUCCCAACUAAGCUUAAAGAAGGCGAUCUUCAGCAACAAGAAAACGAAACAUCUAAAAAUGUCAAUGAUAUUUACAAGAUUCUAACUGAAGUCGAACCCAUCAAUUAUUUCAAAUUUGUCACCAAUCCUGAAUCAUUUUCUCAAACUGUCGAAAACAUAUUUUAUGUUUCAUUUCUAGCAAGGAAAGCAGUUGUUGGCAUCAGUAUAGAGAAUGGACAGCCAGUAUUGAGCACAAGAAACCCACCUACUGUAGAGAAUUUAGAUGAUGUUGUGCUUAAAAAACAAAUUGUUGUAGGAAUAGGUAUGAAGGAAUGGAGAGAAAUCAUUGAAACGUACAAGAUCACUACUUCCUGUAUUCCGACAAGAGAGAAAAAACAAGAUUUAGCUGGUAGCAAGUGGUAUUAG